CGUAAGUAUUACAACACUCUUUGUAUUCACAUUGUACGCUGAACCUUGAUUUUUGUAGAGAGAAGACAAAAUACGCAGAGUUAACAACCAAUAUUGUAACAAUGUCGCGCUAAAGUAUGGUCCCUGGUUUGAAUUUUAGGAUAUGCUCAUGACACCUCUGCAGAAUCAACGUGAGGCUCAAGGGUGACAACUCCGUUCCCCGUUGCGCUGCUUUAUCGACGCUCCAAAAGAGCCCUUUUAUGGUGGUCGGUAAGUAGAUGAACUGUUCUCUCUUUCUCUCUCGUCCUUGCUGACUAUCUUUCGUAGGAGCGGACGUCGGACAUCCUGGCGUUGGUAUCCAUAACCAACCUUCUGUCGCCAGCUUGGUUUGGUCGUACGAUCAAUUCGCAGUAAAGUACGUUGCUUUGUCUCGCGUCCAGAAUCCCAGGCAAGAGGCCAUUGAGGAUCUGGAAGACAUGAUGCGCGAAGCGUUGGACAAAUUCGGAGCCAUCAACCGGAGGGCUCCUGAUCGCAUUCUCUUUUACAGGGACGGGCUGUCUGAAGGUGAGUAUGAAGUCGUCGGCAAGAAAGAGAUUGGAGCUAUAGAGAGCGCCAUUGAUGCCAUCUGGCAAGCGAGAGGGGUUCAAACCCCAAAGCCCGCUAUCACGUUCAUCGUAGUAGGCAAAAGGCAUCACGUUCGCUUCUUCCCCGACAAACAGCAGGCAGACAGGAGCGGUAACUGUCCUGCUGGAUUCGUAGCCGACAGGGGCAUCGGCAAUCCUGUCGCACAAGACUUUUACCUGCUAUCCCAUGGCGGACUGUUGGGAACGAGCAGACCCAGUCAUUACAUUGUGUUGAGAGACGAUAUAUACAAACAGAACAUUGGAGAUCUCCAGGAACUGUCCUUCGCCCUGUGCCACGCAUAUGCCCGUGCGACGCGCUCAGUGUCGAUCCCGGCGCCUGUGUAUUAUGCCGACAUCGUCUGCGCGCGCGCAGCGUUUCACUUCGAUUCCCGUCUUGAUUACGACAACUCGAUGACAGUAUCGGACGAAGGGCUUUUCAAUAUUGAUGAAUGGAAGAGUGGCUACAGGCAACUUAAUGGAGAAAUUGCCAAGACGAUGUAUUUUAUAUGAAAAAAAAGGUUGGGACGGCGACGGAAGGAAGAAGGACUGCAUCGUGAAACAGAAACAACAAUGUACUUCUAUGUUAGUGUGGCUUUUUGAAAUGCAAAAGUGCUCCGAGUUGUAUAUUGUCCAAA